CACACACAAGCCGACGCUCGGGCGACAGUCUCGCACACGCACACGCACACGCACGCAGAGACCGCGGCCCACCGCCCGCCCAUCCCAGCCGCCUUUCCCCCGUCGCCAUGGCACCCAAGAAGAUCGAACCCAAGAAGCCGGAGCCCAAAAAACCGGAGCCCAAGAAGGAGGCGGCCCCGGCCCCCAAACCCGCGGCCGCGGCCGCCCCGGUCCCCGAGCCCAUCCCGGAACCGCCCAAGGAGCCCGACUUCGACCCCAAGAGCAUCUCCCUGGAGUACUCCCCCGACCAGAUCGAGGAGUUCAAGGAGGCCUUCACCCUGUUCGACCGCACGCCCAAGGGGGAGAUGAAGAUCACCUAUGCCCAGUGCGGUGACGUGAUGCGGGCCCUGGGCCAGAACCCCACCAACGCCGACGUGCUCAAGGUGCUGGGGAAGCCGCGGCCAGACGAGAUGAGCUCCAAGAUGGUGGACUUCGAGACCUUCCUGCCCAUGCUCCAGCACAUCUCGCGCUCCAAGGAGAAGGGCAACUUCGAGGACUUCGUGGAGGGCCUCAGGGUCUUCGACAAGGAGGGCAACGGCACCAUCAUGGGCGCCGAGCUGAGGCACGUCCUGGCCACGCUCGGGGAGAGGAUGUCCGAGGACGAGGUCGACCGGCUAAUGGCCGGGCAGGAGGACGCCAACGGCUGCAUCAACUACGCCUCCUUCGUCAAGCACAUCUUGUCUGGGUGAGAUGGACACUUCAGAAGGACUUUUAUCCCCCUUUUAGGUCAUCCAUUUUGUUAAUUUUCCCUUGGUCCCACACCAGUAUGUUUGAGCAGAUACCGAGAACCCAGUUUGGGUUCUCGGUAUGAGGACUAUGUCCUUGUGAGUCACCGAUUUUCAUUUGUUAUAAAGUA